UUAUGAAGGUUCUCAUUCACGAGUACAUAAUACAAAAAAAAUAGUUGAUAUUACCAAACAGCGUAACCGUCAUUCUGCGGCGAUUAACUGCCAAUGGCAUGUAAAUUUUAAUAAUCGAAAGGAUACUACUCAGAUAGUUUGUACUUCAUUAGUUGAUGAACAUAAUCAUGAAAUGAAUCCUAUAAUUGUUCAGACAGCACCACGAUUUCGUAAAUUGUCUAAUAAAAUGUUAAAUGACAUAGAAUUUUAUACACGCUCUGCGGAGGGAAUGGGUGCUAAAAUGCAAUAUAAUCUUUUGAAAGCAAAAUAUCAAGACAAGUAUAUAGAUAAGAAAGAUCUAUAUAAUGCUAUUCAACGAUUUCGAAUACCAUCACGUGAUAAAGUGAAAAAUGAUGCUGCAGAAACCCUUCAAAAAUUAAUAGCAUUGAAAGCAGAUGAUCCAGAAUGGGUAGUUAUACCUAAUAUUGAAGGAAUGAAUGCGAUUAUUAAGAAGGAAGUAUCACAUAGUUCAACGUUGUUACACCUAAUUGAUGCUAUACAAAACCGUUUGGACGAAAAAGCACGAUAUGCCAGAAUAAAUGAGCAAAAAAAUAUCAAUCCAUCUAUAGGCUUACCUCAUAUUGCUAAUCGAUACUUCCCUUCUAUUGAUUCCCUAAUUCGGGAAUAUUUGACCCCACAUAUUCUUUCGCUUCAACGGCAACAACUAUCUGAGAGCUUUUUAUAUGAUGCUUCUGAAAUAUUAUAUGAAUGGGAUAAUAAUAUAUCAGAAACACCAGAUAUUAUGGAGAAUGGAUAUUUAGAGGAUGAUUAUGAACGGUGUCAAACAUGCCUCAAGGCAUUAUUGCAACCCCUACAACCUGAAGAUGUCAUGCAGAUUUGGAUGGUAGUACCUCAGGGAUCAUUUCAAGGCCACUUUAGACACCAUGUAGUAAUACUUACAGAUGGCACACAUUUAUGUACCUGUCUUACUUUGGUCAGUAAAGGAAUCGUUUGUCGUCAUUUUAUAAAGGUUUUAAUGAAAUCACAUCAUGCUAUAUUUCACAUUUCCUUAAUAUCGGCCCGUUGGUAUAAAAAUAGUAAAAUAAGUGAAGAUAAGGAUUUGAUUGCUUCGCAACAACCUAUUAAAUUGUGUGAAUCUACUGAAUCUUCAGCACAUAAUAGUGAUGAUAUCUCUCACAUAAUUGAUUUUCGGCAUUUGUCUCGUUUCCGUAUUCCUAAUGUAUUUACUCCUUCCUUGCAAAAAUCUGCUAAUGAGAAAGUACGUUGGUCUAAAGGGCAUGGAAUAGCAAAGAAAGCACUUAGUCUAAUGAUACGACUUAACUGCGAUGAUGAAUUUUUUGAUAUAAUAGAAGAAUUUAUUUUAUCCAAAACACAUGAGUUAAAACUUUUGGAAGAAAAUAAGGACGUUAGCAAUGUUGAAUCACAACCUGCUAUUACUAAUCCGCUCGUGACAAAACGUCGUGGUCGCCCACCUAAGCGCUACAAGAGUUCACUAGAGCAUGUUACAAAUACUCAAAACAAUAAGCACAAUCCUAUUACAAAUAAUAAUGGAACACAAGAAAAAAAUAAAAACAAAUGUGCUAAUUGUGGAAAUUAUGGGCAUAAUGUUCGAACAUGCACUUACGAAGACUAG